AUGGACUCGCACACCGUCGCGCCCCAUGAGGCCCAUGACAUCAUGCUGCCUUCAGGCGACAAAUUUCACGUUGUUGUUUUUGGUGGCAUUGACGAGGAAUAUACUCGGCGGGGGGAGACGCCCCCUCCUCUGCUCUUUUGUGUACACGGCGCCGGCAUGAGCUGUUCUAGUUUUUUUCUACUUUCCACCCACUUGAUGCAUCUGCAGCAGGUCGAGGGGGAUGGUGUCGGGCCGAAUUCCGAAGAACCUACGGGCAUUGUUCGUGUGGUUGCAUAUGAUAUGCGUUGCCAUGGAGACUCAACGUUUGACGGUGGGGAGGCGAAUCUCACCUUGCAGCUGCUUACGGACGAUUUUUGUGCCAUAUUGCGCACUGUGAAGAGCACCCUCUUCCCCGACACACCCCGCGUGUACGUUGUGGGUCAUUCACUGGGAGGUUCAGUGGCAGUGAAUUCUCUGAGUAAGUCCAAGGACCUGAUGAACAUGGUGGGGGGGGUGGUGGUGCUUGAUGUGGUGGAGGGCACCGCGAGGAUGUCGUUGCGAUACAUGAACAAAUUUCUUCAGAACCGUCCACAUCAGUUCUCUGAUGUGGCAGAGGCACAAAGUUGGUUCUUGCAACGUGGUGGCAUGACAACGGCUACCGGAGCGGCAGUAACAGUGCCUCCACUACUAAAACGUGUGGGGGACCACUACGAAUGGAAGUCUAACCUAGAGGCAAUGUCGUCUGUAUGGCCUGGGUGGUUUAACGGACUUGAUGACGCUUUUGUUGGUUUGCCGUGCCCUAAGAUGCUCUGUCUUGCCAAUGCCGAGCGCCUUGAUGAUGCCCUUACUCUUGCCCAGAUGCAGGGGAAGUUCCAGUUCGAGAUUCUCGGCGGUGGGUGUGGACAUUACGUCAUGGAUGAUCAGCCGGCCGUCCUCGCCUCAAAGCUUCGCCGUUUCAUUAAGAGGAUUGAAACAAUGAUGGUAAAAUUACGAAACAAUCUUUGGAGACAAACAUAG